UCUUACCAUUGCUUAUACACUAUAAUAAUAAAAUAGAUAAAAAUCCCUUCUUUUUUAUCUCACUGAAAACUUCGCCUCUCUCACUGCAAAUGCUGCGAGUUUUUCUGUGCUGAAAGAAAGUUUUGGGGUUGAAAUUCAGUUAUAAUCAAGUGGGGUUGUGAUAUUUUUGGGGAAUUAGUAGAUUAAGUUGAUUUUUGAUUCUGGGUUUUUUGAGUUUGGGUAUGGCUAGUUGUACAUCAGCUGUGUUUGUGCCUCUGGAUACUCGAUUGCGGAAUGGGGUAUUAACUGUUCUUGCAAGAAGAGUUUGUCCUUUGAAAAUGCAGGAUGAGAAAGUUGGAUUCUUGGGUGUUAACCAAAAGGGUAUUUCAAGUUGUCCACAGUUCAAGUGUUCAGCUAAUUCACAUAGGUUCAAUAAUUAUCAAAGUAAGGACUCGUUUCUAAAUCUGCAUCCUGAAAUUUCGAUGCUUCAAGGUGAAGGAAACCAUACUUUCACUACCUCUAGACAGGAAAGCUCGAGUGGAGGUGUUGCCGAGAGCUUAAUGGACUCAUCUAGUUUGAAGAAUUUCAAUGAGGCUAAGAUUAAGGUGGUUGGUGUAGGAGGUGGUGGAUCAAAUGCAGUUAAUCGUAUGAUUGAGAGCUCUAUGAAUGGUGUGGAGUUUUGGAUUGUGAAUACUGAUAUUCAGGCAAUUAGGAUGUCACCUGUGUUUCCUGAGAAUCGAUUGCCAAUAGGCCAAGAGCUCACGAGAGGACUAGGUGCAGGUGGUAAUCCAGAUAUAGGGAUGAAUGCUGCCAAAGAAAGCAAGGAGGCUAUUGAAGAAGCAGUUCGCGGUGCAGAUAUGGUUUUUGUGACUGCUGGAAUGGGCGGAGGAACAGGGACUGGUGGGGCUCCUAUAAUUGCAGGAAUUGCCAAAUCAAUGGGUAUCUUAACUGUUGGUAUUGUCACAACCCCCUUUUCUUUUGAGGGACGAAGAAGAGCAGUUCAAGCCCAAGAAGGAAUUGCAGCUUUGAGAGAAAAUGUUGAUACGCUAAUUGUCAUUCCUAAUGACAAGUUACUGACUGCUGUUUCCUUAUCAACCCCAGUAACUGAAGCUUUUAACCUGGCUGAUGAUAUUCUUCGGCAAGGGGUUCGUGGUAUUUCUGAUAUAAUUACGAUUCCUGGACUGGUAAAUGUGGAUUUUGCUGAUGUGCGUGCUAUUAUGGCAAAUGCUGGUUCCUCAUUGAUGGGAAUAGGAACUGCUACAGGGAAGACCAGAGCCAGAGAUGCUGCAUUGAAUGCUGUUCAAUCUCCUUUGCUGGACAUUGGCAUAGAGAGAGCUACUGGAAUUGUGUGGAAUAUAACCGGUGGUAACGAUUUAACAUUAUUUGAGGUAAAUGCUGCAGCAGAGGUUAUAUAUGACCUUGUCGAUCCAAGUGCCAACCUCAUUUUUGGAGCUGUGAUAGACCCAUCAUUAAGUGGACAGGUCAGUAUAACCCUGAUUGCCACCGGUUUUAAGCGCCAAGAAGAAAGUGAUGGGAGGCCCCUCCAGGGAAACCAACUAGCGCAAGGAGAUGCCAACCUUGGAAUUAACCGACGGCCUUCAUCCUUCCUGGAAGGUGGUUCAGUAGAGAUCCCCGAGUUCCUCCGGAAGAAAGGAGGCUCUCGCUAUCCUAGAGCUUAAGAUCUUGGUUUAUGCUUCAAAUAGUGACUCAGUCUCUGAGGAAGUGUUACCCGACGCCCUUUCUUAAUGCAUAGAUACUUGUUCUGUUUUUCACUAGUCAUGCCCGGUAUAUAUUACUUCUUUGGCAGUCAAUUGAUUAUAAGCUAGAGCUUUUUACAGCAAGAUAUGGAAACGUGAUGAGUCGGUAGCCUUGACAUACAUGAAGUAUACCGUUAACAUGUCUGUUGUGUCCGGGGUGUGUGUGUGUGUGUGUGCAUGCAUGUUUUAGGAUCAGUUUUCCAUCCAGGUAGGGUAUGUCAAAACGCGUCCUAUCUAUGUUCUUGCCAGUAGGCAGAACUGCAAAAAGUUGAGAUAUUAGAAACCAGUAUUUGUGAAAAGAUGAGUGAUAUGAUACACUCUUUCUAGUGCAAGAUAUUGUCCCCAGUUUUGACAUUUGUGCUGAAACAAUCUUUUCCAGUUUAAUGAGAAAAAAUCAGAACUAAAAUAUCCUUAA